AUGGGAGACAAAGACACCGUGGAGAAGUUCUUGGACAACAACCCGCAGUUUGCCACCGAGUAUUUCGAUAAGAAAAUCAAAGCGGAUGUGAUCACCGCAGCGUUCAACAACAAGGUCCAGGUGAAGGAUCCCAGCUCGUACAAAGAUGUCACGGCCAUCCAGGAGUCGGAGUUCAUAUUUGAGCUGGUGAAAGAGAUGCAGGACUACAGCCAGAUGGAGAAAGCUCUUCACAAAGUCCUGCAGAGGAUCGCGCUGAUGAUCCAGGCGGACAGGUGCAGCUACUUUGUGUUUCGCAGCAGGAAUGGCUGUCCGGAGCUGACCACGGUCCUGUUCGACAUCACUCAUAACUCCACCUUUCAGAGCAAUCUGGUGCACCCCAACGUGGAGAUCGUCUACCCCACCGAUAUGGGGAUAGUGGGGUACACCGUGACCUCAAAGAAACCCCAGGUCGUGGCAGAUGUGAAGAAGGACUCUCACUUCAGCGACUUUGUGGACAAGCAGACCAAGUACACCACCAAAUGCAUGCUCACGGCCCCCAUCAUGAGCGGGAAGGAUCCCAUCGGAGUCAUCACGGCCCUCAACAAACAGGGGGCCGACGAGUUCUCCAAAAGUGACAUCGACCUUUUCACCAAAUAUGCAAACUUCGCCACGCUGGUUUGUCUACAGGCGCACACCGCGUACAUGUGGGAUGUCGAGUCCAGGAGGAGUCAGGUGCUGCUGUGGUCUGCCAGUAAGGUGUUUGAAGAGUUGACAGACAUCGAGAGGCAGUUCCACAAAGCUCUGUACACAGUGCGCACGUAUAUCAAAUGUGAGAGAUACUCAGUGGGGUUAUUGGACAUGACUAAAGACAAGGAGUUCUUUGAUGAAUGGGCGAUCAAGUUAGGAGAGCAGGAGGCGUACAAAGGUCCAAAAACUCCAGAUGGCAGAGAAAUCGCCUUCUACAAAAUUAUCGAUUACUUGCUGGAGACAGAAAAGGAGGAGAUCAAAGUUAUCCCAGGUCCUCCUGCUGACCACUGGGCUCUGGUCAGCGGGCUCCCUUCGUAUGUGGCAGAGAAUGGAUUUAUUUGUAACAUGAUGAACGCCAGCGCCGAUGAGUACUUUACAUUCCAGGUCAUUUGA